UAAUUUUUAAGUGUAUUAAAUUUCUACGGUUAUAUGCAAAUUCUAAGCUUCAGACAAUGUCAGGUCCCGAUGAACCGGAAAUGUUGUAUUUAUGUAGUGUUGUUCUCAUUGUGCUUAUGUUUUACCUUCUAUGUUGAUCUCAACUGGCUAAACGUUUUAUUGCCGAUUAAUUUUGCCAUACAUUUCGCUGAGAAUGUGUUCAACACAACCACCGUCCCGUUAAACAUUUGGAAUAUUAAUAAUGGUGCUGUGGAGCUCCUCAGAGAUAUUAAGCCACCACAUCCGCUAUGCGUGGAUUAUCUGCUGAACAUGCAACGAAGCGAAAAUGCAUGUGCUUUCGGAGACCUGAACAAAACCCUGCCGUCGUUGAAAGCCGGUCUGUUCGGCAAGUCAGUGGCUUUUCUUGGAGACUCCAGAAUGCGGGACCUAUUUUCUUAUAUCCGAAGCCUUCUUAGCGGCGCAACUUUCCAUCCUAAACAGUUUUACGAAAAUGUGCUUUACCACGACCGCCUAACCAAAACAAAAUUGGAAUUUUAUUGGUGUCGAUUCCCCGAAGAAGGCCGACAGAUUGUGGCGCAGUGGAAGUACGGAUUUCGUCAACCGCCGCAUGGUCAGUGGACAAGCGUGGGGGGAAAAAUUUAA